AUGGCAGACUCCUCAAAGGGCCUACAGGCCCUGCGCGAGUCCAAACCCCCUGCCACCGACACCUUCACCUAUCUGACCAUCAUCGGCGAGGUCCUGUCUCCUGAGAUUCUGCCAGAGCUCAACGACAUUUUGCAAGAUGCACAGCUCACCCAGGACAUCGGAUGGGACCUGGUCGAGAUGCUCGUCCCCAUCCAAGGGAGCGAGCAGUGUCUCGAGACCAUUGCGCAGCUGGGCAACCCGCGCGAGGUCAUCCUGAAGGUCCUCGAGGUCCUCGAGAAGAACGUCGACGAUGCCACAGACGACGAGGACGACGACCAGACCACGGCCACAUUCGUCAACCUCGUCGGCAUGCUCAGCAUCCUCCACAAACGCCUGAACGUCGCGCGGCCCUCUCGCUUCGUCCACACAACCCUCCAGAGCGUCUACCGCACCUACCAUCCCCGCAAUCCUGAAAUGACGGCCGCAGUCAUCGCCCUUAUCCGCUCCUUGUCAGGCGAAAAGCGACCACCUCUGCCCACUCGCCAGUCGAGCAACAAGCUCGACACUCCCUUCACAUCCAGCGACCCCACGAAGCACGCACCUGACCCCGAGGCGGGGAAGUCCCAACAACUCGCGCCAACCGAGCCGGCCACCACGAAGCGGCUCCUGCAGUCCUUCAUCACCUGCAUAAUCGAGGCCUAUGUCAACUGCACGAGCAUGGAAUGGGCCUCCCGCCUGCUCGAGUUCUACAACCCGGAGCGCGUCGUGAUCCGGAAAAGCAUGUUGCGCGCCUUCAAGGAGGACGACGACUUUUUGGCCAGGGACGCUCUGGUUGGCCAGCUGGUGGCGCUUGCAGGAGAUCUCGGAUUAACUCGAGUACAUGACCUGUCUGUCAAGGAAAUCUUCGAAGGUUCCAUCGUCCACAGCCCCCUGUCCAUCGAUACCGAUGCCCUUAGCCCCUCCGCCAUCAAGCUUUCCACCGGAGGCGUCUGGUGCCUUGUGGCGUACUGGCUCUUCUCGGCGGAAGUCUUUGAUGCCGAUUACGAGCAGGUGCAGAUGACAAUUUUCCCCGACCACAACAAGCUGUUGCAGGGCUUCCUCGGCGAUGACCCCCAAACCCGCAUCGUGGGCAACCCGGGAACGACAGAAGCCCUGGUCGUGAUGGGGCUGUAUUUGGAGAACUACAAGCGCAUAUCGCCAUCAGACGGCCACGGUGACUUCAUGCCCUACCACCACCUGUUGACACUGGUCUCGGUGUUCCAUCCAUCUCUCACUGUGCGCAACGUCGCCACGACCCUCGCCGGCCUCGUCCUGCACGACGACCCUGACGACAACGACCGCCUGAAGAUCUUGGAGGAUCUCCUCGAGAACUGCAUCUUCUCCGCCCUGCAGGCCUCUGCGGUGACAUGGCUGCGAGAGGAGGUGAUUAUUGCGCAUAAACGCAAGCUUACAAACAGAUUCGCGUCAACGGACGCCAUUGAUACCCUUCAGUACGCAUUGUUUCCCAACCUGGCCUUCCUCAAGGACCAAGACGCCACCGCUCUCUGGGAGUACUGGGUGCAAAACUUCCCCUUCCACCUGCAACUCGCCAACUUUGCCUACUUCCUAUUCGCCGGCACUGAAUUCCAGCACCUCGUACCAGCGAGCAUGCCGGGUGCCGUCGAGCAGCGCUACGUAGAGCCGCUGCUGCAUGCUGCCAAGACGCUACAGGCAGCCGUGGAAAAGAAGGAGAUUGACGACCAGGGACAGGGCGGAGAGGUAUUCACGCAACUCGAAAUCUUGACGAUGCGAUUAAAGAGCUUGCCCCUUCAGUAA